GGUCUCAAUGAUACUUACAUACAAGUGCGCAGCAACAUUCUUAUGAUGAAGCCACUUCCCUUUAUUGGUACUGCUUAUCGUAUCCUCUUAGCUAAUGAGAAACAGAGGAGUGUAUCCUCUGCUUCUUUCUUCUCUCAGCAAUCUGCCUCUUUCCAUGCUGGAGUUUCUAGAUCAUCUGCAACUCCAAAAACACAUUUUGAAGCUGCAAAGCCUUUCUCUCUGGUUUGCAAGUAUUGUAAGAAACCAUGUCAUACUAUUGACAAAUGUUAUAAACUUCAUGGCUUUCCUCCAAAUUUUAAGUUCUCUAAGCCACCAUCUAAAAGAACAGUUGCUCAUGUUGAGCUUGCUAAUUCUGGCCAAAAGGCUAACACUCUUGGGAAUGAUGAUAUUGUUUCUGACCCAACACUUCUUCAACCUUCUGACAUUCCUGGUCUCAACAAAGGGGAAUUUUCUAAGUUGCUUAUUUUAUUGCAAAGAGCUCAGCUUCAUGUCUACAGCCUGCCCAUCGUUAGCUUCUGCUAAUUUUGCUGGUAAGCUGCCUCAUACAUGUUUGCUGACCAGGAUAGAUAGCACUUAUGGAUUAUAGACUCUGGAGCAUCUGAUCAUAUGACUUCUGACCUUUCUCUUUUGUUUAAUGUUCAAUCCCUCCCAAUUCCUUUUCUGGUUUCCCUCCCCAAUGGAUAUAAAGUCAAAGUCACUAAUACUUGUUCUUUGGCUUUAUUUCCUGACCUUGUUCUGCACAAUGUCUUAUACAUUCCUAGUUUCCAGUAUAAUCUGAUAUCUGUAUCCAAAUUGCUUUACCAACCUGGUUUUACCUUACAUUUCACCAAGCCUACUUGCACUUUAUAGGCCUCUUCUCUGAAGAAGCUAGUGGUGCUUGGUAAGUUUGAUUGUGGUCUCUACAAAUUUCUCCAGUCAUCAGAUUCCUCAGCUGGUCCUGUUUUUUCCUUUACUUCUGCUUCUAAUUCUCAUGUAUCCCCUGUUAUUCCCACUUCUCUUUUUGCUCCUAGUUCGUUUGUACCUUGUCCUUCUGUAACUACUGAUGGUUCUAUCAAUAAAACUGAUGUUUUGUGGCACUAUAGACUUGGUCAUGCCCCUUUCUCUAAAAUGAAAUGUAUUCCUGGUAUUGCAAGUGGUUUGUCUUCAAAACAAUCUUUCACUUGUCCCAUCUGUCCCUUAGCUAGGCAACCUCGAUUACCUUUUAGUGAUAGUUCUUCUACUUCCUCAUCUCCUUUUAACUUAUCCACAUUGAUACUUGGGGCCCUUAUAAUUCCCCCACCUAUGAUGGUUUUAGGUAUUUUAUUACCAUUGUUGAUGAUUACUCUAGAGCCACCUGGACACAUCUUAUGGGUGCUAAAAGCAAUGUUUUUGAUCGCCUCAAAGAUUUUAUUACCUUAGUAGAAACUCAGUUUCAUUCUCAAGUUAAAACUGUUCGAAGUGAUAAUGCUUUGGAGCUUGGUUCUUCCUUAUCUGGGUCUCAGUUCUUUGUUUCCAAAGGCAUUAUUCACCAAACUUCCUGUCCUCAUACUCCUCAACAAAAUGGGGUUGUUGAAAGGAAGCAUAAAUUUCUUUUAGAAACUGCUAGAGCUCUUCUUUUCCAAUCUCACCUUCCCAUCAGAUUCUAGGGGGAUUUCCUAUUGACAUCAACCUAUCUUGUUAAUAGGUUCCCCUCUUCUAGAAUGCACCAUAAGAGCCCUUUCGAGAUUCUUCACAAGAAAAUUCCUUCUUACUCUCAUCUUAAAGCCUUUGGCUGCCUAUGUUACUCUACAGUUCUCAUCCCUUAUAGGGAUAAACUUUCUCCGCGUGCCAUUCCGUGUGUAUUGGUAGGGUAUCAAUUUGCUAAAAAAGGUUACAAACUUUAUAACCUCCUUUCUAAGUCUUUUUUUUUCUCUAGGGAUAUAGUUUUUCACGAGUCUAUUUUUCCUUUUCUCUCUACCUCUUCAUCAUCCCCUCCUAUGUGUACUUUUUAUUUUUCUUACUUUGAAGAUCCUGUUUU